AUGACUGACGCGGUGGUCGGUGGCAGCUCGGACCGGUGGAUGUGCCCUGGUGACAGGACCAUGUCUCUCCGGGCUGGCAGCGAGAAGGAGCAGCUCCCCCAGGGCUGGGCAGCACGGGGCAGCCAACCCGAGCGGCAGCGCAAGAGUGUGGAGCUGACGGAUGAGGAGAAGGAGAUCAUCAACAGGGUCAUUGCCCGGGCUGAGAAGAUGGAGGAGAUGGAGCAGGAACGCAUCGGGCGGCUGCUGGCGCGGCUGGACGACAUGCGGCGCAGCGUGCUGGGGGACGGCGUGAGCCGCUGCAUCCUCUGCGGGGAGCAGCUGGGGCCGCGGGGAUCUGCCUGCGUUGUCUGCGAGGACUGCAAGAAGAACGUCUGCACCAAGUGUGGGGUGGAGACCAGCAACAGCCGCCCCCAGGCCAUCUGGCUCUGCAAGAUCUGCAGCGAGCAGCGGGAGGUGUGGAAACGCUCCGGCGCCUGGUUCUUCAAGGGUUUGCCCAAGCAAAUGCUGCCCCAGCCGAUGUCUGUCAGCAAGAACAAGGGACCCCAAACCCCGAGCGAGCCCAGCCCGUCCGAACCCCCCACCCAGGACCCGAAACUCCCCUCCCGGGCGCCCACCCGAGGCCAGGCGGACGCCCCGGCCGAGCAGGACCCCGACGGCAGUGAUGUGACCGUGGGUGCCCGGGGAAGCUACACCAAGGGCAGGCCAGGUCCCUGUGGCAAUGAGGACACCGGAGGGGACCCCGAGAGCCGUGAGCACACUGAGAGUGGGGCCAGCAGGAGUCCUGGGGUGAAGAGGAUGAACUCCAUGCAAGCCCCACGGCCACCCCCACCAGCCACUGCCAGCCCUGCUCCUGCUCCAGCAGCAUCCCAAGCUCCUGGCCCAGCUCCUGGCCCAGCCGGCCGGUUCCCAGACAGACAAGCGAGCCCCCCGCUGGGAGCCCCGGAGCCAGCCCGUGCUGCUGCCAGGGAGGAGCGAGGAGGGGGCUACACUGUGCCCCCCGGCAGAGAGGAGAGGCUGGGCCGGCAGCCCCCUGCCCCACAGCCCCCCGCCCCACUGCGCCAGCAGCCCCAGGAGGAGGAGGAGGAGGAUGCCAACAGCUACGACUCUGACGAAGGCACCACGCUGGGAGCUCUGGAGUUCAGCCUGCUCUAUGACCAGGAGAACAGCUCUCUGCACUGCACCCUUAUCAAGGCCAAAGGCUUGAAGCCAAUGGACUCAAACGGCCUGGCAGAUCCCUAUGUCAAACUGCAUCUCUUGCCUGGGGCCAGCAAGUCGAACAAGCUGAGGACGAAGACGCUGCGCAACACCCGGAACCCCGUGUGGAACGAGACCCUGGUCUACCAUGGCAUCACGGAUGAGGACAUGCAAAGGAAGACCCUCAGGAUCUCUGUGUGUGAUGAAGACAAAUUUGGCCACAAUGAGUUUAUUGGAGAAACUAGAGUUUCCUUGAAAAAACUCAAAGCCAACCAGAAAAAGAACUUCAACAUCUGCUUGGAGAGAGUAAUACCGAUGAAGAGGGCUGGAACCACGGGCUCAGCCCGCGGGAUGGCACUGUAUGAAGAGGAGGUGGAUCGCGGUGGGGACGUGGAGGAGCGCGGGAAGAUCCUGGUGUCCCUCAUGUACAGCACCCAGCAGGGCGGGCUGAUCGUGGGCAUCGUGCGCUGCGUGCACCUCGCGGCCAUGGACGCCAACGGGUACUCGGACCCCUUCGUGAAGCUUUGGCUGAAACCUGACAUGGGAAAAAAGGCCAAGCACAAGACACAGAUUAAGAAGAAAACAUUGAACCCUGAGUUUAAUGAGGAGUUCUUCUAUGAUAUAAAACACAACGAUCUGGCCAAGAAGUCACUGGACAUCUCAGUGUGGGACUAUGACAUCGGAAAAUCAAAUGAUUACAUCGGCGGCUGCCAGCUGGGCAUCACGGCCAAGGGGGAGCGCUUGAAACACUGGUACGAGUGUUUGAAGAACAAGGACAAGAAGAUCGAGCGCUGGCACACCCUGCAGAACGAGAACCACGUGGCCAGUGACUAG